AUGAAGUACUGGACCAUAGCCACCCUGACAGCUUACAUUAAGUACUGGACCACAGCCACCCUGACAGCUUACAUGAAGUACUGGACCAUAGCCACCCUGACAGCUUACAUUAAGUACAGGACCACAGCCACCCUGACAGCUUACAUGGAGUACUGGACCACAGCCACCCUGACAGCUUACAUGGAGUACUGGACCACAGCCACCCUGACAGCUUACAUGAAGUACUGGACCACAGCCACCCUGGCAGCUUGCAUUAAGUACUGGACCACAGCCACCCUGACAGCUUGCAUGAAGUACUGGACCACAGCCACCCUGACAGCUUACAUUAAGUACUGGACCACAGCCACCCUAACAGCUUGCAUUAAGUACUGGACCACAGCCACCCUGACAGCUUGCAUGAAGUACUGGACCACAGCCACCCUGACAGCUUACAUUAAGUACUGGACCACAGCCACCCUGACAGCUUACAUUAAGUACUGGACCACAGCCACCCUAACAGCUUGCAUUAAGUACUGGACCACAGCCACCCUGACAGCUUACAUUAAGUACUGGACCACAGCCACCCUAACAGCUUGCAUGAAGUACUGGACCACAGCCACCCUGACAGCUUGCAUUAAGUACUGGACCACAGCCACCCUGACAGCUUACAUUAAGUACUGGACCACAGCCACCCUGACAGCUUGCAUGGAGUACUGGACCACAGCCACCCUGACAGCUUACAUGGAGUACUGGACCACAGCCAUCAUGCAUCAGGGAACCAUCAAUGUCUGA